CGCACAAUCCCCUAUUUCUCUCUCCCUGUUCAGGAAACGCGCCCCAAUUCGCGAGAGGGGAGAGAAAAUAAGAGAGAGAGAGAGAGUAAGAGAGAGAGGAGUUUCCCUAUUCCAACUUUUUUGGGGCUUCUUUUUUUUUUUCCUUGGAUCUCUCAUGGAUGGAGAAUUGAGUUCUUGGUGGGACAGCGACGACGAGUACGAGAAAUUCAUUCAGAAAAUGAACCCUCCCAGGGUUGUGAUCGACAACGAAUCGUGCUCGGAUGCGACAGUUGUUCACGUUGAUAGUGCUAAUAAGUAUGGGAUCUUGUUAGAAGUAGUUCAGGUUCUCACUGAUUUGAAUCUGAUUAUAACCAAAGCUUACAUAUCUUCGGACGGCGGAUGGUUCAUGGAUGUAUUCAACGUCACGAAUCAAGAUGGGGAGAAAAUACGGGACGAAACGGCGCUAAAUGAGAUUGUUGAUUAUAUUCGCAAGUCUCUUGGAGCUGAUUCCUGUUUUGUGCCUUCGCGGAGGAGAUCGGUAGGAGUCGAACCAUCUUCUGAUUACACGUCGAUAGAGCUUACGGGAACCGAUCGGCCCGGAUUGCUCUCCGAGGUGAGCGCGGUUCUCACCGGCCUAAGGUGCAAUGUGGUGAACGCCGAGGUGUGGACCCACAAUACGCGCGCUGCGGCGGUGAUGCAGGUGACCGACGAGGAGACCGGCUCGGCGAUCACCGACCCCGAGAGGCUUUCGAAAAUUAAAGAGCUUCUUUGCAAUGUGCUUAGAGGGAACAAUAAAGGCCGGGUGGCCAAGACGACAGUUUCCACCGGGGCCACCCACACGGAGCGGCGGCUUCACCAGAUGAUGUUUGACGAUCGAGAUUACCAACGGUCGGAUGAAGAUGCUGAGAGUGGUAGUCAGAGGCCGAAGGUGACUGUAGUGAAUUGGUUCGAUAAGGAUUACUCCGUGGUGACCGUUCGGUGUAAGGAUCGGCCAAAGCUUCUGUUCGAUACAGUUUGCACCUUGACGGAUAUGCAGUAUGUGGUUUUCCACGGGAAUGUCGUUGCAGAGCGCCCCGAAGCUUAUCAGGAGUACUACAUUAGACACAUCGACGGGUCGCCCGUGAACUCAGAAGCCGAAAGACAGAGAGUUAUUCAGUGCCUAGAAGCAGCUAUUGAACGGCGAGUUUCAGAGGGUCUGAAGUUGGAGUUGUGCACAGGCGAUAGGGUGGGCCUACUAUCGGACGUCACGCGCAUAUUCCGCGAAAACGGCCUGAACGUAACGAGGGCUGAGGUCUCGACGAGAGGAGGCAAAGCCGUCAAUACUUUCUAUGUGCGUGGGGCCGCUGGUAGCACGGUCGAUUCCAAGGCUUUAGAUUCGAUUCGCCAAGAAAUCGGCCAGACCGUGCUUCAAGUGAAAGGGCACGCCGAUAAUACUAAACCGCAUCGGCAAGAGUCCCCAACCCGAUUUCUCUUCGGCGGUCUUUUCAAGUCGAGAUCUCUGUACAAUUUGGGUCUGGCCAGGUCCUAUACAUGAAUUCGUCGAGUCGAGUCCACUCCAUUCGAUGCUCAUACUAUUCGCCUCCGGAUCGCGCAUGACUCGUCGAAUUAUCCGCCGAAAGAUAGAGAGAUCGAACGAGACAUGCACAUGGAUAAGUCAGUCGCGUGCCCGUGAUAUCAUAAUAGUUUGCUUUGAAACUCAUCCAAGUUGGAUUCGAAUGGGACGGUGAAUCGAAAACUUUGUACAGAAAUUACAGUUUGUAAAUAUAGUAGGAUUAUUGGAAAGUAAUUGUGUAGCAUGUAUGAAUGUAAAUGUAUGUUUACAUUUCAGAAGAAGGUUCACUGAGUGAUUCUUUGCUUCAUCGUAUAAGUACGCUCAGCGAACAUCAGUUGUUUGUUCAGAUGAUUGUUGUAAUUGAUCGACUGAGGUGUUAGGAACGUGUUUAAAUAUGUUUCGCAGUUUUUUUUUUUUAAAGGUUAUUAAUGUGUUGACAUUUUUUUUA